UCAUCCCAAAAAUCUCCAGCUCGAUCAUGGUAAUGACCAUGGAGUUUUCCUCUGAUCAUGUCCAAACAAUUGUUCAGCUUUUAGCUUUGCUAGUGAUCAUCCGUAGUGUCUUAAAACUUGCAUCACGGGCCAGCAAGAAGAAAGGCGAUGCCAAAGAAAGCCUUGGACCAGUCCCUGAACCACCAGGGGCAUUGCCCUUGAUAGGGCACCUCCAUCUUCUUACAGGCCAAGCACAAGAACCAGUUGCUCGCAUUCUUGGGGGCUUGGCCGAUAGAUUUGGCUCAUUAUUCUCGCUCAGGUUCGGCCACUAUAACCUCUUGGUGGUGAGCAGCGCCGAGAUGGUGAAGGAGUGCUUGGCUACCAACGACAGGGUUUUUGCUACGAGGGCAAACCUCGCAGUAGGAAAAUACUUGGGCUACAACAACGCUAUGUUUGCGCUCGCUCCUUAUGGGCAAUACUGGCGUGACAUGAGGAAGAUAUCCAUCCAAGAACUUCUUUCAAACCAUGCAGUUGAAAGGCGGAGGCAUCUCCGAUCCUCAGAAGUGGAGUCCCUGAUAAAAGACGUGCACUCGCUGGCUACAAACAACGAGGUGGUGAAUAUCAGCCAUCGGCUUGAGGAAAUGGCUUACAACAUCAUCCUCAAGGUGCUUGUUGGGAAGCGAUUCUCCUCUGGUGAAUAUGCAGAAAAGAACAGCGAGGCGAAUCUUAUCAGAAGUGGUAUAAACGAGGCUUUGUAUCUGAGCGGAGUUUUUGUGUUGUCGGACGCCAUUCCAUAUCUUGAAUGGAUGGACUUCCAAGGCCAUGUUGGUUCCAUGAAGAAAACUGCUAAGAAAAUUGAUUGUGCGCUUGAUGUUUGGCUUGCUGAACAUCUCCGACAGAAACGGGAACGUGAAAAUACUGAUGGUGAUGAGAGUGAUUUAAUGGAUGCCAUGCUUUCAAGCCUUCCGGAGGAUGCUGUGAUUUCGGGCCAUACACGUGAUACUAUCAUCAAGGCGACGACAAUGAUUCUCAUCCUAACAGGCGCAGGAAGCACAGCUGUUACACUAACUUGGGUACUCUCCUUGCUGUUAAACAACCCUACAGUGCUAAAGGCUGCCCAAGAAGAGAUAGACAUCCAGGUAGGGAAAGAUAAAUGGGUGCAAGAAUCUGAUAUCAAGAACUUAAACUACCUGCAAGCCAUUGUCAAGGAAACCCUACGAAUAAACCCAGCUGGUCCCGUCACAGGAAUUCGAGAGGCCAUGGAAGACUGCACACUCGGAGGCUAUCAUGUUCCCAAGGGCACUCGCAUGAUCAUUAAUAUAUGGAAGCUGCAAAGGGACCCUCGAGUGUGGCCAGACGCAACUGAAUUUCGACCCGAGAGGUUUAUGAAAACUUCUCAUCAUGAUCAUGCAGACAGCAGUAUAAGUAGUGAUGCUAAUGUCUUGGGGAAGCAGUUUGAGUACGCUCCGUUUAGUUAUGGCAGAAGGUCAUGCCCCGGAGGUAAUUUUGGGUUGCAAGUAAUUUACCUGGCUCUGGCUCGUUUGCUUCAAGGAUUUGAGAUGGCAACCGUGGGAGGUAUGAAGGUGGAUAUGCGUGAAGGACUGGGAUUAGCUUUGCCAAAGGCCGAGCCUCUGCAACUUAUACUCAAGCCCCGCCUUCCAAUGGAGCUCUAUUAAUUAUAAUUAAUUACUAAGUUUCUUUGAAACUUCUGUUCCGACGUUGCCUUGCUAUAUCUAGGUAAUUAUAAUUAGUCAAGAUGAUCAGUUAAUGAUGUACAGUCAUCCCGAAGUGAAUGACACGAAACGAAAAUUACCUUGGAUUAAAUAAAGCGAUACAACUUGGUUAA